UCAGUGAAUAAAAAAACUUAUAUUGUUUUAAAAUUCUGUAACAUAGCAGAGAUUUUUUAAUUGUCUAAUUUAUGGAUUUUAACAGUAAAUUUAAUUUUUGUAAAAAAACAGAUGCUUAUUGAAUUUGUAUAUUAAUAUUUUGAAAUAGCGUGUGGUUUAAUUGUAAGUUACUAAAAAUGAGUACAAAUGUUGAGGACGAUAAGGAUUCUCCGAAGGCAGUUCCUUUAGAUCUAGCGAGAAAUCAAAUAACAAACAUUCGCACUGUGGAUGGCAAAACUCCCCUUUUGAUGUCUAAUCAAUCUCUGAGGGGUAUGAGGGUGCUGGCUCAAGGAGUCUCUAGCUCAACAACAUCUUCCCUUGGAGGGCCUACUAUAAUCACAACCAAUUUAGUCUCUCAAGCUGUUUUGAAGCCAGAUUCUAGUAGGCCACAAAUUGCGAGUAUCAUCACAAGCAAUACUUCUCAGCCCCAGGUAACUGCUAAUCUCGCAAGACCUGCUCAGAUUACACUUUCUAGUGCUACCCAAAAUCCCUACCAUGUUCCUAGGGGCCCAGCAGUUGUAGCUAAUUUAGCUGCUCCUAGGGGCAAUGUUGCUGCAGGCAGAACACCAAUGGUAGUUACUGCUCAAGGUGGUCAGCCUCAUACAUUUGUGCGCCCGCCUCGGACUCCUAGUCCUGCUCCAGGAACAGCUUGGUUGACCAACAACUCAAGCGGUUCCCAAAUUAAAGGUGCACCAACUGUAUUGAGUUCACCUGUUAGAGGGGCUACAGUUACUGGAAAGCCAGCUGUAAUCACAAGAACCCAACCCCAGACAGUUUCAGCUAUUCGCCCUGGAACCAUUUUGCAGAAUGCCAUUUCAAUUGGACAACCAGGCCAGAUGCCCUCUUUCAAAGCUGGCACUACUGGCAUCCAUACCUUGGGUAAUACUGUCACUUUAGCUCAAGUAUUGCCCACUCGCACUACUCAAGGUGUUCUUUACAAUGCCAAUUCAACAGCUCAGUUCAAUCCAACAGCAAGAAUAACAGUCACUACCACUGCUUCUAAUCCAAGACCUACUCAAACUAGAACUAUAUCUCAAGUCACCAGUGCCCGCUUAACGGUACCAGUAAACGUGUCCCAAUCUGGUGCUCGAUUGGUAACACCCCAAGCAACAGUUCUGACUUCAGCCGCCAGGAUAUCUGCCAUUGCCACAUCUCAACCGACCUCUACAUUGGGUGCUGGUUCUAGAAUAGUGGCUAGUCAGCCGAAUCUCUCCAUUGGACGUCUAUCUGUGGCUGCAGCUACGCCUGCACAAGUAUCUACUACCAAUUUCCUAGGGCAGACAAAAAUAUCGACUCUGAAUUUGCAUUCUUUGGUGGCCGUGGCGAGUGGGAACUCUGUCCAGGCUAGAUGUACGCUGGCGUCACAGGGGCCCAAGGUCAUUACUCAGCCUGCUCAAGGAACUAUUCAACUGACACCAUUGACAACUCAAAUUAAAACAACUCAGAGUGGUGUUUCUACUGUUGCAAGAACAAUCAAUGUCCCUGCUGCUAUUGUGACCCAACAGAGACAAGCGACUCUGGUGCCACCUCAAGCUAUAUCUAUAGCUAAGGUUUUUCCUCAAAAUGACAACCAAGUGGCAGUCACCGCCGCUACUAGCGUUUUUAUACACACACCUGUGCAAUCUACGACUAGGCAUUCUUCUCCAAGUCCGAAUCCGAGCAAUUGCAUUAUCACUCAGACCAGCAGUGCCAUACCCACCACCACAGUGGCGACUUACUCUUUAGCCAGUGGUACUUACUUCUACGAUAACGGGUCCAACAAUUUCCCGGUGCAAAAUCGAAAUUUUGCACAGCAACAACAGGCCGGAUCGUUCGCAGCUUUGAAUCAAGCGAAUCAGCCUCACAUCAGACCGCCUUCUCAACAAGUACACGGAAUCGUAUCGAAUCAGCAAUUGCGCUAUAACUCAGUCAUGGUGGUAGAACCAAACCGUAACAACCCCCAACAAAUCCAGCAAUCGCAAAUCAGCGACCAACAGCAUUCUGCACAAGUUCCUGAACAAAUCCAACAGCAAGCGCAUCCGAUUAGCGCGAUCAAAGUGUCUUCCUCGCCCAGGCCGAGCAUCUUAAGAAAACGAGACCAUGAAGGUUCUCCGCUCAAAGCGGCCAAGAAUCUCGUUCCCGUAUUAGCCAAUUUGCCCUCGCAGCAGUCCCAGCUCGGGAUACACCAGCAAGUGCGGCCCUUGCCGUCGGUGUCGCCGCCUUCGAGGCCCGAUUCUAGAGGAAACGGACACAGUUCAGGAGGUAGUACGACGAUUUCGGCAACAUCCAGUCCCGGUUUGGCCGAAGUAAACGAAGACAGCAACCAUGCUAUUACAAAUAAUAAAGAAGAGGAAGAUGCCAAACCGCCUAUGGAGAUGAGUCCCAGGAAAAAGCCACGAAAACAGCAGUUAACCGGCAACGAUUUGGACGAAAAUAAAGACGACAUGCAAUUUAUCUCUGAUCAUCCAGCGAAAAAAGACGAGGACUCCGAUAUGAAUCAAUCGGACGAGCCGAAAGAUGGUGCUCCGGACGGGCAAGUGACGACGGUCAGGAAACCUGCCUCGGCUAGUUUACUCAACAGCUACCGACAGAACUGGAAGGCCACUCACAAUCACUAUUUGAGGCAUUCAGACGUGCGGCCCAAAGACGAAAGACGGCCGACCAUCAUGGAUUUGGCUAAUCAAUAUAGGGUACAGGAGAAAGUAAACGGAUGGAAGAUCCAUCAUUUGUCGACGCAGAUGGAGGAUUUGGCUGAUCAAGAACAUAGUGUUUACAAUCAACUGACUGAGCUGUUGAAGUGUACUGAGUCUGAAGAAACAGGCAAGCAAUUCGAUAAGGAAGUCAAUAGAGUAAAUGAACUGAUAAAGGGCAACUUGCAAAGAAUCAAAAUAAUCAACGAUGGAAUGAUAGAAGCAAAGAGUUCCAUUAUGAAGAUUUUUGAUCACAAAGUCCACGUAACGGACAUCAUUAACCGAUGUGCCAGUAAACGUAACUUUAAGAAGAGAGAGAAAUCUUAAAAAGAUCUCUUUUGAAUAUUGUUUUUUUUUGUGAAAUAGAUUAUAUAUAUAUUUUAGCUCUUUAGGUUUCAUUAUAAUGUAAUUUUUAUAUUUUCGACAAUGGAUGUUUUUAUAGCAAUUUUAUAUGUAAGAUAUAAAAGCGGAGGAAGAAGAAAAAUCUGCAAAAGAAUUAUCCCCUUUGCGCGGUUUUCAUGUUGUAUAUUUUGCAAGAAAUGAACAAAUUUUAUUGUAUAAAAUUAAUUUUCCAUAUUUUGGUUAUUUCUCGUUGUGAUUCGUUUUAUAUUAAUUAAGGAAUAUUUGUAGAAUUAAAUAUUUUAAAUUUUCUUUCUUGGAAUCGAAUUUAGUCACCCCAAAAUCUAUUUUAACCUCUUUUUAGAGGUAAAAAAAUGAAAAAUUGUUUGUUAUUAAUGCAGUGAGGGCGGCGUAUCUUUACCUAAUACGCAUUCGAAUCGAGUCAAGACAGUCAAAACAGUGUUCGUCUCGAAAUUACUAGCGACGUGGUUUAAAGGGACUACCAAAUUCGGCCAAACUGAAGUUUGAAUAAAGCUGUUGAGAUCUUAAGUUGUGCACUAGAUUUUAGGGAUAGACAGUAACAGUGCGAUAUAGGUUUGCAUAUUUGCGAAUUUUCGCGGGAAAUGUCACUGGUGUAGUUUGGAAAUUAAUUUUUUUGCCGGUAGGAAAUAGGAAAAUUUUCAAGGGUAAUAUACCAAGAUCUUGAUAAUAGUCAGCUAUUUUUGUUGAAUCUAAAUCUCGAGAAUAUUUUAAUAUCAAUUUGAUGAGACAUAAUUUAUAGUAUUAAUAAUUUGUUUAGAGUCCGAGAGCUUUAGCUCAGUUUAGCUAUCAGGAGUUUAAUUUUUAACUGGUUAUAUUCAAAGUCCAAAUAUCAAUUUUAAAACUACGUUUAACAAUAACCAAUGAUCAUAUAACGAGGUUUCCAGUUUAAUCCAAGAUUAGAUUUUAACUGAUUAUUGUACAAUACGUCCUAAAAAAACUUAUUAUAACAAGCCAUCGAGAAAAAAUAAUUGAAGUUGGCUGAGAAAUUUAAAUGUUUUGACUAGCCACUUCCACAGAAUGACAUUUUAACCUGGAAAUUGAUACUGAACUUUUGUGUCAAAUUUGUCAAAACUUGUAAGAAAAUUAAAUGUAAAAAAUGAUAUUGAACCACAGAGCUAGGAUAUAUAGAUGGAGCAUAAAAGACAUAUUUAUACAUAUUCAAUAUUAAGCGAUGUCACAAACAUCAUAGAAUUUCAGGUUGUCUGUUUUGACCACAUCCUCAACUAGUCAUUGAUGAAAGUGUAUUUGUUGUGAGGUCAAAUCAUAAAUCAUUCCAUCUCUAAAUUGGAGCGAGAGAACCGAUUAUGAUGCCCUAACAUGGCGGUCAACUCGUCAUCAUCCACUGGCUGUAUGGAAAACAUGCAUAGACGAAUCAGUCUUAAUGAGAAAUUUUUAAUUUUAAUUAAUUUUUCAGUAAAUAUUUAAUAUCGAUUUUUUUAUUCUUAAUGAUCAGUUUAGCAGAUAUUUAUUAUUUUCCAAAUAAGACAGGACGCCGGUUGUCGUUGGCUGUAGGAUAUGGCCUGUAUUUCAGAAACUGUGCACCAUAGAAUUUUGGGGAAAAAAUUCUCAACAUACAAAAUAAAUAGAUGGACAUUAUUUUCAAAUUUCUAAGUAGACUACUAAAUUAGGAAAUGCAUAUGACCAAUGAUAAACGAGUGAGUAGUCAAAAUUAGUAAAAUUUCGUGCAGAAUAUGAUUUUGAUAUGUUCAACAUAACGUAAUUUAACUUUUUUAUCAUUGAUAAUGAGCAUUUGCUGUGAAGUUGGGAACUUGAAAAUAAUUUCCAACUAUUUUUGAGAACAAUUUUUGUUAAAAAAAUUAAUUGUUCCGUAGAUGUGGUCGGCGUCCUUUCUUAUUUAUUUUGGACUCUCAGUACCUACUCUGUAUGUUGACUUAAGAAUGUUUAAUAUAAUAUUCUUUCGUGAAAGUAGUACCUACAGGUGUUUGCUAUAUUUUAUCUCGCUAUUUAUUAUUGAAUAUACAAAUAAUUUGGAUACCUACUAAUUUCAUUAGGUAUAAAUUUCAUUUGCAAUUUAUUUAACCACAUGCCAUUGAAGAGAAGCUUCUUGCGAUUUAUAAAAUUCUAAUAUUUUAAUUAACAAACCUAUAAAGGCUAUAUCUUAUAAACUAAAGAUGAUAUCACCAAAUGUCUAAAGCUGGUUCUAGUAUAUGAAAGGGAAACUUAAAUGACAAAAUACAUAACUUACUACCCAUCAACCCCCUUUGCGCUACCUACAUCAACAAAAAUAAAUAAGUAGCGACCACCUAUAUUUAGCUAGUAAAAAUUAAAAACCCCCUUAUGUCACAUAUAACGUGUGGAGGGUGAUGUCUAAAGCUGGUUCUAGUAUAUGAAAGGGAAACUUAAAUGACAAAAUACAUAACUUACUACCCAUCAACCCCCUUUGCGCUACCUACAUCAACAAAAAUAAAUAAGUAGCUACCACCUAUAUUUAGCUAGUAAAAAUUAAAAACCCCCUUAUGUCACAUAUAACGUGUGGAGGGUGGGUUAACCCACGACACUUAGGCCUCACUAGGCCCAUUGUGCAUCCUCCUAAGUAGAUAGACAGAUUUAAUGUAGUUGACAACGUCGCCAAGAGGUGCUUCUCUUCUAUCGGCCAGUGUUAGCCAAUUCUCGCCGAACACAAAUCUUCUAAUAAAUGAAAGCAUCAGGAAAUCGUAGAGGAUAUGCUCGAUGGUCUCAUCUUCUUGUUUGCACCCCCUGCAGAGUGCGGAUUCUGACAGCCCCAAUGUCCCAGUCAGAAUUCCUGUGAUCAGGCACAGAUUCUGUCUAGUCAUAGUCAAGUAUUUGUUCGUUGUAGUGUUGUCAGGAUAACUUAAAAGCUCCUUGGCAAGUCUGCAGCUUCUUGUUUCAUCCCAUCUUCCCUUAAAUUUCACAAGGGAAAGUUUGUCACUACCGAUGUUGUGAGUCCAAUAGAAGGGCCAGGUCCAAAAAGUAUUUGGUUGGCUGCCUUUUUAUUGUUGCAAUAUACAAUGAACAUGUCAAGUAAUAAAUGUUAUUCUGUAAAGUGGCUAAAGUACUACCCAAUUUUUCUUGACUAUUCAUUACAAUAUAAAAUAAUAUUCAGUACCGUUUGUGUGAGAUCUUGGUAACCACUUGCGAAAGAAAAGAAGCAAUUUCUCUGAAAUUGUGAUAUUUUUGAAUUUUUAUAUUUAGUAAUUUUACAAUCAGUCAUUGUCAUUACUAUAUUUCAUCACUUCUUAAAAGAUAGUAACUAGUUAUUGUCUCGUUUUUCACCUUUAGUAGAAAAUGAUGCAUCAUAAAGAUUAUUUGUCAUGGGUAAAGAUACGUUGUCCCGACUUUAGUUCAAUGAAAUAAUAGAAUUAUAUAGAUUGAUUACUUUGUUUCUGUGUUGUUAUCGAUGUUGUAAUUUACUUAAAAUAAAAACACCAGUUUGGUGAGGUGGGUAAAAUUGCUGAAACAAAUGUACAAACCAGGAUCUGCAAAGCAUGUUAUCUAAAAUUUUACAGUAUAAGCUUAAAACCAACAUUUUCGUUUGCGUUGCUCACUAUGGAAUGCUCUGUUUAUGGCAAUAAUAACAGAAUUAUGUAUUUUAUAAAUUUUGUUCCAGUUAAUAAUAAAUAAAUAAUUAAAUUUCACAAGUACAUGACGGACUGAAAUAAGUUAAAAAAAUACAAUUCCUGAAACAGUUUGUAUUAAAUCUGUCUUCAAAAAAACAUUUAAAAUAUUCAGUUUAAUAGUAGAAAAUUAUUUUAAUCAGUGUGAUUUUAAUUUGUAAGACUGCCGAUAUAUUUUAUAUUUUGAAUAACCUAAAAUUGAGAGGCGAAAGUUCUUUUGUGGACUCACCCUUUUAUACAAUGUGUCUACUUCAUACCGAAAACUUUGUUAUUACGAAAAGUUAUUCUUUAUAAAAAGCAGAAACAAAUUUAUACAAAUCAAAAAUUUCCAAUACAUAUUUUAGCAUGGUUGUUUAAUUUGUUGAACAAGCUAUAUCAAAAUCACUUAAAAACAAGUACAAAUAUUUAAAUUACAAGUAUAUUAAUUUAUCAACAUUUUAAAUUCCUAUUUUGCUCUCUAUAUUGAAAGUAUUCUUCAACAUAAAUCGUUAUUUUUUUAUUUUACAACUUGGGGAGUCUUGAUUAUUAAUUUAAGGGAUUCGGGAUUUUUAUCAAGAAUAACUCAUUUCCAUAUGCUGACAACUUAGGUAGACACGCUGUAUAUAAAUAAAUGUAUUAUUUACCCAAAUUAUUUAAAAAAGGAAAAUUGUAUUAGAU